GUACGGGAUCCGGGAUACGGUCGGUCGCGCGGACGACGAACGUGUCGGUGUUGGUCUCGGUGUCGCGCACGGCGCGGUGCGUAGCGCGUGUGUCGCAUUGUGCGUUAUUACGUAUACGGCGUGCGGUAUCGGCAUACGGCGUACUGGAGCCCGUUCCGAGUUCUGAUCAGUUCUGAUUCUCCCGUUCGCGCUCGACGGUGGUCGUCGCACACGCUGGCGGAGUGUUACACUAUCUCCUCUCCUCUCUCCUCUUCCCCCUCGCUCUAGGUGAAAUGUCAAGCGUCCCGCGUUACCAUGGGCUGAAUCUCGGCGUGCCGUAAACUGUCAAAUCGCGCGCACGACGAGGCGAGAGGACCGCGUGCCCGGGGGAGGUACCCAGGCGAGCGACCUGCGACAAGCGCGGAGACGCGAAGGCCGGAGUGAAAGUGAACGCGCCAAGUCGCUCUCGCGAUUCUGCCUAUCUUUCCCUCUUCUUUUCCCGGAGGGCCGCGUAAGCGUUUUUCCCCGCGACGGGGACAAAGGGUGAGACCACGAGGAGGCGACCACCCACCGUCGUGCGACCCGCGUCGAUGUUCGAUCGUCCGCGAUGGAGCCCGAGGAGCCUCUCAUGCAGGGGAUACUGCUGUUACCGCCGCAGGGAAUGCUAGGCCAGCUCAAGAAAUCGUGGCACAAGAGAUUCUGCCAGCUCUUCAGGACGAGCAACUAUGGGAUCAAACGUGUCGAAAUCUACGACAGUCAGGAAGAAGCGAUACUGCAGUCUCAUUCCCCGCGCAUUGUCACCCUGGACGCCUGUAUAAAAAUUGCACCCAGCAAUCAGUCACACGUCUUCAAGGUGGUGACUAAGUCGGGAAUACACUAUUUCGGCUGUUACUCGGAAAUUGAGAUGACCCAUUGGAUCACGGCGUUCCAGUUAGUCGCGUUCAAGGACAGUGCGUCGAAUCAAAUAGAAGAAAACAACGAUCUGUAUUGCACUAGUGGGGAAGGUGUAUUCUCUGUGAAAGUUGUAGAAACGGACGCGUCCAAGCGGUGUGGACUGGAAGCGAGAAACUAUACCUUGGUAAUCGCCGCGGUGGACAUGAAGCUGAUGGACGGUGACAUUGUUCUAUUCACAUGGCCGUACAGGUACAUCAGGAGAUACGGAUAUAGAGAUGGGAAGUUCAUCUUCGAGGCUGGAAGAAAAUGCGUAUCCGGCGAGGGCUCCUUUCGCCUGGAGCACGGUAGCCAACAGGAGAUCUUCCGGUGCAUGUACGCUAAAAUGAAGUCUAUGAAAAAACUAUUGGACGAGGAAAAUAAUUCAAGCAUAGAAUGCAACGACACUCAAUUCCAGGCAGCCUUGUCCAUGGAGCCUGGCUCUAGAGCGGCUCUACCUCCCUCUUCAAACAAUUCCUCGAGCAAUUUGAUCGACAUAGAGUUUUCUACCACGCAGAAUUCUCAGAAGCCCUUGUCGGUCUCGUCGACGAGCAUGGAUUCUGCGAUCUCGUCGAGCAGAUCGAUAAACAAAUCCAAGCCCGCCAAACCACCACGGAAAUACGUCUUCGGUAAUCUGCUGGAGAAAAGAAGUCCUGACUCGGAAUUCCUAGAUUUGCCCACGUGCGGGGAAUAUAGAACUAUAAGCCAAGGAAAUUCGCCGGAAUUAUCUCACAAGACCAUCGGCGGGGUUAUGCGCGAGGACGAGGAGAAGCACCCGUACGAUUUAGUGGAAAUUAGGAACGACGCUUGGAAGACGCACGGUAUCGAUAGCGUGCAUCAUACGGAAAGAGUGAACUCGAAUCUACCCGAUGAGAGAGAUAAGGAGAACGACAACGACGAUAUGCAAUACGAGAUUAUGCUGCCGAUACGGAAUCAUGAUUCAUUCCAAAAUUCGUUUAAAAGCAAAUGCGGCGACAACGCAAUUGUCACGCCGUCGACGAUGCAAAGUGUCGCCAAGACAGACGAAUCGGAUUACGAUAAAUUGGAACACUUUGGAUCCGCGACGAAACUUAGUCAGAAGUCUGCGUAUAAGUAUACGAAUUCCUCGCAAAGCGUACAUUCCAACGUUUCUCACGGAGAAAGUUCUAAUCUUCCAGCGUGGUCUAGUUACACUAUCGUCGAGGAUAUGUCCGCUAUCAGGCUGGCCGACGACAGUCAUCUCGGUUAUGGGAUUAUCCGAAAGAAGCAGGAUCUCCCUGAGACAGCUUCCAUUGGCAAUACCACGGUCGGUCCGCAGCAUAAAGUUUUCAACGACAGCGAAUACGCAAUUGUAUCGAAACCAAAAAGGGUGUAAAGUACCCGUACAUUCGAGUAUCCUUUUAAAAUAUGAUGAUCAUGCCAUAAAUUCGCUUUUAUAAAAUUCUUAUCUUUUUUUUUUUAAUUAUUUGUAAGGAUAUGAAGAAUAUGCUAGUCUAUAUCGCGUUAGAAUAAAAGUAUUGCUCUUGUUUUACAAAUUGAUUGGCACGUUACAAAACGAUAAAAAUAAUAUCGUUACUUUCGCAUUAUCACAUUUGUCCAACAUUUUUAUUCGCUUUCUAUAUCAUUUUUUUAGAAACUAGUCUUUUAAUCGCUGUCAUAUAUAAAUAGGAUAUCUAAAAAAAUGUAAACUUUCAAAAAUUCUAUAGAUUUGUGCCUUCUUAUGAAAGAUAUUCUAGUAUUGAUUAGGAAAGCUCAAAGUGAUUAGUAUUUUAUCUAACUUCAUUCGACUGAUUUAUCAAAAUACCUGUAUAGUGCCUUAUAGAAAUGAAAAUAUUUUAAUUGAUACCAAAAUAAUACUAAAUCGUUGUAAACGUGCAUGCGCGUUGGUCUUGAUAUUUGAAUAUAUAUAUUGGUGUACUUAGAAAUUUAUUAUUACAUAUUAUUACAGUCAUAAUUUUCUAUUACUAAUUUACUUCUACUAUGAUUAUACCCCUGUUAUCGCUCUUACUCUAUAAUUAUCUAUUAGUUAUUAUAUUUUUAAAUUACAAUGCGAAAACACGUUCUAUGCAGGAUUAUAAACUUGAUUCAUUUAAACAGCGCGAAACUAUCUAUAUAAAUAUGUACAUAAUUUAAUAUAAGUGCUUUCAUAAAAAAAAUAACAAAUAGAUCACAAUUGGAUAAAUUUAUAGAUAUUUAACAAUUAUAUGCUGCCGCAAUUUUAUAUAUACAUAUGCAUAAUGAAUAUUAGUGCUUUCAUAUUAGUGCUUUCGGUGAUCGAGUUGAUCAACCGUCUUAAUAUAGACACUAAUCGUAUGAAAAUUAUCACAUUGGAUUUUCUAAAUCCAGAAUAUUAAAAGUACAAAAAAAUUUAUUAGGAUGUUGCAUAUCUAGUAUAUAUCUAGUAUAUAUAUUACAAAUAUGUAUUACAUGUCUACAGUGAAGAAACAGAUAGGCUAACUAUUCGUAUCAUAGAAAUCACUAUUAUUCAUUAUGUUCAAAUUAAUGACUACAGGUCACAUGCAAUACUGAUAUAUAUAUUAGAAGAAUAAAUAUUAUCUUUUA